GUGGAAAUAGGGGAAGGGGUCAGAUUUAUCCUGAUGGUAGCAAAAGUAACAAUACAGUUUAUAAUGCUACGGCAGGAGGGAUAAUAAGCAAAAUUUUACGAAAAGAAAAAGGGGGAUACGAAAUAACCAUAGUGGAUGCAUCGAAUGAAAGCCAAGUAAUUGAUAUUAUCCCUCGAGGCCUAGAACUUCUUGUUUCAGAGGGCGAAUCCAUUAAACUCGAUCAACCAUUAACGAGUAAUCCUAAUGUGGGUGGAUUUGGUCAAGGGGAUGCGGAAAUA